AUGGGACUGCGCCUGCUAGAGCUCGCGGGCAUGGGGAUGGGGUCACGCCUGCUGCAUCUCGCGGGGACGGGGUCGCUGCAGCGCGCAGGGACGGGGCCACGCCUGCCGGAGCCAGGGACUGGGAGCCCGCGGUCGACCUGCACCGGAUCCAGUGGAGCCCACGGUCGCGCUGGCCAUGGAGGCACUUGUGAAGCUCGACCUGCGCUGGAUUCAUGGAGGAGGAGGUGUGCCGGGCGCCAGCCAUGGAGGUACUCGUGA